AUGGUGGCAGACAGAGACCAGCUGCAGAUUCAUUACAACACUGCAGUAAGAGAGAGAGACCAGUUGCAGACGAGGUACAACACUGCAGUACGAGAGAGAGACCAGCUGCAGGCCAAUAACAGCGUACUGACAAGAGAGAAAAACCAGCUGGAGACGAGUUACAGGAACUGUUCUGUCUCAAAAGAACAACUGGAGAAGCAAGUCUGUCCAGAAUGGUGGAACAGCUUCAAGUUCAACUGUUACUACAUUUCUCAUGAGAAGAAGAAUUGGGAUGACAGCAAGCGGUACUGUACAGACAGAGGAGCAGAUCUGGUGAUCAUUAACAGCAAAGAGGAGCAGGCCUUUAUUGACCACUUUCAAGGGUCUUUCUGGAUUGGACUGAGUGACAAAGAGACAGAAGGAAUCUGGAAAUGGGUGGAUGGCACAAUAAUGCCACAGUAUGAAGGAAUCUGGUGUUCUGACCAGCCUGACAACUUUAAACGAGGUGAGGACUGUGUAGAGACCAGGCUUAUGGAACCUGAACCCAAUAAGAGAUGGAACGACCUGCCCUGUGACAAUGUUCUGCGAUGGGUCUGUGAGAAAAAGGCCAGUAGCUAA